GACAGAGCAGGCAAGAAAGACCGAAGCAUACCGGUCAGAAGUUCAGAACUCAGGAAGCCAAGCCUCUUUGAUCGCACGAGCCACUCGAUCUCAAGAACCGUUCCAACCUUCAGUUCAAUCACCAACUCGUAUCGCCAUCCAUUCGACAAUGUCGCUGAUCCCCCGUGCCAACGCUUUCGACCCCUUCUCCCUUGACCUCUGGGACCCUUUCCAGGGCUUCCCGUUCGGUUCAAGCGGCGGCAGCCUCUUCCCUCGCAUCCCCUCCGACUCCGAGACCGCGGCAUUCGCCGGCGCGCGCAUCGACUGGAAGGAGACGCCGGAGGCCCACGUCUUCAAGGCGGACGUGCCGGGGCUGAAGAAGGAGGAGGUCAAGGUGGAGGUGGAGGACGGCAACGUCCUCCAGAUCAGCGGCGAGCGCAGCAAGGAGCACGAGGAGAAGAACGACCGGUGGCACCGGGUGGAACGCAGCAGCGGCAGGUUCCUUCGCAGGUUCAGGCUGCCGGAGAACGCCAAGGCAGAGCAGAUCAAGGCGUCCAUGGAGAACGGCUUGCUCACCGUCACCGUGCCCAAGGAGGAGGCUAAGAGGCCCGACGUCAAGCCCGUCCAGAUCACCGGCUAGAAAGGAAGGAGCACGCGUGGCACGUGGAGCUCCAAGUGCCUGUUCUGCAAACGAAUGCGUUCUGUUGUGUGCGGUGGUUUCAGUUUAGUCAGUGUGGUUCUUCUGUAAACCUGCUUGUUUGUGUGUCCGUCGAGGCUUCAAGUACUCGAGUCCGUUGUGUCUUUGUUCUAGUAGUUUCAUAAAUAAACGUGAGCGAUACAGAACGCCGGUUCUGUAAAA